AUGGAAGGAAUAGAACAUAAACAUUAUCACGAUGAAGAGUUUGAUCAUCAUUUGGUUAUAGAAACAUAUGUUGGUCAUGAUAAGACGGAUUCCAAAGAGGAACUGUUGAAAAUCCCACUGCAAAAAAUAUUUCAGUUAUUGUCCUCAGGUACCGUGAAAGGAGAAACUCUGAUAGAUCUCACCGUGGCUCCAACCUUCAGUCAUUUAAUGAUUGUGGCUGAUUUCUUUAAGGAGAUCUUCAUAUUAGACUCAUCAGACAGUACGCUAAAGGAAACUGAAAAAUGGUUAAAUAAGGAGCCAGGAGCUGUAAACUGGUCUCAGGCAGCUCAUAUUUCAUGUGAACUUAAGGGUGUCAGUUUGCCUAUUAAGACUCAGCUUCUCACCAACGUGGAGAAAGGCAAGGGAAUUGCACUGGAUCUUAAAUUUGUUUCAGGAGCUCAGGAGGAGCAGCACAGGAGCAGUUUUGCAAGGUAA